CCUACUUCUUCCUCGUACUCGCACCCUCGUAAUUAUUACUGUUGCUGGCUUCCAAUUAUUCUCCUCCCGCAGUCGCAGAUCCUCCCAUUUGCGCCUCGUCUAUUACCCUUACCACCAUCCAUCACCCGUUCUCCUACCACUUCUCUGCCAGCUCACGACAUCAUCUCCUGUGAUUUUUGCCUUGCCUCAUAGCGACCAUUUUCUUCAACAGUUUGCGAUCAUAUUGUCAUAUUUCAUGUCUGCCUUGUCACCCACUAUGCGAUAGUUAGAGCCGACCUCGGCCCUUUCUUUUGUCCAUGGCCUGUCACAGCCUGCCAUUCACUGCCUCACCGAUUUGAACAAUACCAACCGAUAGCUCUGCUCUUCCAGCGUCUCAGGAUGGAUUCACAGUCGCCGAAUCCUCCCUACGCCCUUCCUCCUCCUCCUUUCUCGCCUCCUCUGUCCGCCAAACGCUCCUCGACCGACACCCACAAACCCACCUCGAUCGAUAUAGACAUGAUGAGGUCCGAAGAGCGCUCCACGAGAGCGGCCAGUGUAUUAUCUGGCAUGUCUGCAGAAGACAUGGAGGCCGCUGAAACUCUCAGCGGCCUGCAUCAGAAGUACCACUCACCCGGCCACUCUCAGCCUGCUCCCACUCUUGUACAAACUCAGACGACCUUUGGCUCCGACCAGCCUGAACCUCUUCUCCGCCUCUUCACAAGUCAAUAUCCCUUGGCAGGAAGUCUGAUCAAUGGCUCGCUGUCCGCCUAUAAAACCACACAAUCCUACAUUCCAGGCGCCGAAUGGACCGAGAGGAAUGUUGGUCUCCCAAUCGCAGGGACAGUAGCCAGAAUAUCGGGCGUCGAAGGCGGACUGCGCUGGGCUCUACAACCGAAGCGGGGAAGCAGGUCUUCAACCGCCGCGCCCCAAACACCAGACGUGGAAAAGGGUUGGACAGACAUCGCUCCCGACGGCACUCAACGGUCAAGUUCCGAGAUGGCAUACAGCGACACUCUGCCUGCUUAUAACCCGGGCGAUCGGUCGCCUCCAUACUCCGAGAAUCAAGUCGUGUUGCAGUCACGCGGUCAGCAGUCGCCGGCGAACUGGCGACAACAACUCGUCAUUUCCACCAGUGGCCUCGGCAUUGCCAUGAGUGACGAGUCGAUCCGAAGUUUGCGGUACUGCCUGAGAUGGCUCCGCUGGGCCAACGGUCGACUGGGCGAGGCCAUUCAGAAUCUAAAGAACCUGCUCGAACGAUGGGACGAAGAAGUCACUUCCGACGAACAAGCGUCGCCCAUGUCGGUGGCGAGCCUCACACAACCAUCAGAGGAACAGCGACAAGCAGCCUUGUUGGCGCGCAUUGCAGCCUUGAAGGCUGACGUCCUUCAAACACUUAAGCACGUGGUUGGAAUCGUGUCCAACUACGCCGGCGGUGCUCUUCCACAGAACGCAAGAGACCUCGUCCAUAGACAUCUGAUCAGUUUGCCUCAGCGAUUCAACCUCGCCAACAUGUCCGACAGCGAUUCCUCGAACGGUACAAAUGGAAACACGUCCGAAGCUACCAAGAGCGGAAGACGAGUCAUGGUCCUCGCCGAAGAGGGACUCGACAUGAUGACACAAGUCAGUCGAGUCGUCAACGACACCUUGGUCAGCGCCGAGGGAUGGUGUGAGAGGCUCGGUCGUAGGCCGACAAGUGCCGCGGCACCAUCUCAGAUCGGAAGCAUCGAUGAGAAGAUGGACAUGGAUCGUGACCGUGGCCAAGCCGACCGAGGGCACAGUGUAAGGAGUGAGACCCUACCGCUGAUUGACGACGAGAAGAGUGACGUGCAUAUGCAAAUGUGAAUGUAACAAUACGGAGUAUUUAUGGGCUGAAUGAGAAGAAACAGGGGAAGUGUGGUUGGUUGGAAAAACAAACGUGCUUCUGAAAAUCUUUUAGAUGUCUUCUUUUGCUCUCUUUUUGUGUCAUCGAGCACCGUGAGAGGGAGGAAUAUAAAGGCAGGUUGGCUGGGUGGUCCGGGAGAUGAGGCGAAUCUUGCAAUCUUGCACUUUUUUAUUUACGACGUUAUGCUUUGUGUUUGGUGUCAUUGUCGGUGGAUGAGGGAGCCGUGGAAAGACGAGAGACGAACUUUCAGCAGAAGUAGAAGAAGAAAAGCAGUCAGUCAUUUCGGCAAAAAGAUGUUUCUUGAGACACAAAUUCAUCUUGGGGCUCGUUGAAAGACAAUGUUUGGACAUGAUAAAUGACAUCUACCUAAGACCUUGCAAGGAAUUAAGAAUAAAAAGAAGAGAUCUUUCCGAGUGGUGGAAUUCUGUCUCUACUACCUAGGUACCUGAUCUAUAUACAUUACGGUACUUUAUCAAAUCAUGACUCGUGAGGAUUGUAUUGGAAUUGGAAUUGG